CGGGAUGAGAAGGUGACGCCGCCGGGGGGCGCCACUCGCUUUGUGGGGGAAGAUGCUCGCCUACUGCGUGCAAGAUGCCACCGUGGUGGACGUGGAGAAACGGAGGAACCCCUCCAAGCACUACGUAUAUAUCAUCAACGUGACCUGGUCAGACUCCACGUCCCAAACCAUCUACAGGAGGUACAGCAAGUUCUUUGACCUGCAGAUGCAGCUUUUGGAUAAGUUUCCCAUCGAGGGUGGCCAAAAGGACCCCAAGCAGAGAAUCAUCCCCUUCCUCCCAGGCAAGAUCCUCUUCCGGAGAAGCCACAUCCGGGACGUAGCUGUGAAGAGGCUGAAGCCCAUCGAUGAGUACUGUCGGGCUCUAGUCCGACUGCCUCCCCAUAUUUCACAGUGUGAUGAAGUCUUUCAGUUCUUUGAGGCCCGACCGGAGGAUGUCAACCCCCCAAAAGAAGACUAUGGCAGUUCCAAGAGGAAAUCAGUGUGGCUGUCCAGCUGGGCUGAGUCUCCCAAGAAGGACGUAACAGGUGCCGACACCAACGCCGAGCCCAUGAUCCUGGAACAGUACGUGGUGGUGUCCAACUAUAAGAAGCAGGAGAACUCGGAGCUGAGCCUCCAGGCCGGGGAGGUGGUGGAUGUCAUCGAGAAGAACGAAAGCGGCUGGUGGUUCGUGAGCACCGCUGAGGAGCAGGGCUGGGUCCCUGCCACCUACCUGGAGGCCCAGAAUGGUACUCGGGAUGACUCAGAAAUCAACACUUCCAAGACUGGGGAAGUGUCCAAGAGACGCAAGGCCCACCUGCGGCGCCUGGAUCGCCGGUGGACCCUGGGCGGGAUGGUCAACAGGCAGCACAGCCGAGAGGAGAAGUAUGUCACGGUGCAGCCUUAUACCAGCCAAAGCAAGGACGAGAUUGGCUUUGAGAAGGGAGUCACCGUGGAGGUGAUCCGGAAGAAUCUGGAGGGCUGGUGGUACAUCAGAUACCUGGGCAAAGAGGGCUGGGCGCCAGCAUCCUACCUAAAGAAAGCCAAGGAUGAGCUGCCAGCCCGGAAGAAGAACCCGGCAGGCCCAGUGGAGAUCAUCGGGAACAUCAUGGAGAUCAGCAACCUGCUCAACAAGAAGGUGGCGGGGGACAAGGAGACCCCGCCGGCCGAGGGCUCCGAGGCCCCGGUCGCCAAGAGGGAAAUUAGCCUGCCCAUCCUCUGCAACGCCUCCAACGGCAGUGCCCUGGGGGCCCCCGAGAGGACCGGCUCCAAGUUGGCCCAGGGCUCCCCAGCUGUGGCCAGGAUUGCCCCUCAAAGGGCCCAGAUCAGCUCCCCAAACCUAAGGACGAGACCUCCCCCUCGGAGAGAAUCCAGCCUGGGGUUCCAGCUGCCCAAGCCUCCAGAGCCCCCUUCUGUUGAGGUGGAGUACUACACCAUUGCCGAGUUCCAGUCGUGCAUUUCUGAUGGGAUCAGCUUUCGGGGCGGACAGAAAGCAGAGGUUAUCGAUAAGAACUCAGGAGGCUGGUGGUACGUGCAGAUCGGUGAGAAGGAGGGCUGGGCCCCUGCAUCCUACAUCGAUAAGCGCAAGAAGCCCAACCUGAGCCGCCGAACGAGCACACUGACCCGGCCCAAGGUGCCCCCGCCGGCCCCCCCCAGCAAACCCAAGGAAGCUGAGGAGGUGCCGGCGGGUACAAGUGAGAGCCAGGACUCCCCCCUGAAGCUCAAGUAUGAGGAGCCCGAGUAUGACAUCCCGGCCUUUGGCUUCGACUCGGAGCCAGAGCUGAGUGAGGAGCCAACAGAGGACAGCGGCUCUGGGGAGAGGCGGCCCACCCAGCCCCACAGGCCCUCACCUGCCUCUUCGCUGCAGCGGGCCCACUUCAGGGUGGGCGGGUCUUCCGAGGACGUGGCCCUGGAAGAGGAGACCAUCUACGAGAAUGAGGGCUUCCUGCCGUGUGCAGAGGACGCCCUGUCAGCCAGGCGCUCCUCCCGGGACAGUGACUCCCCUGGGGGCUCCCCGCUGUCCCUCGCUAGGAAAAACUCCCCCAAACCAGGCUCCCCCAAAUCUUCCUCCCUUCUAAAGCUCAAGGCGGAGAAGAAUGCCCAGGCAGACCUGGGGAAGAACCACUCCUCGGCGUCCUUCUCCUCGUCCAUCACCAUUAACACCACCUGCUCCUCUUCCUCCUCCUCCUCCUCCUCCCUGUCCAAGAACAGUGGUGACCUGAAACCCCGUUCUGCCUCGGACGCUGGCAUCCGCGGCACUCCCAAGGUUGGGGUGAAAAGGGACGCUGACCUGAAGGCCGGACUGAGCUCCUGCACCCGGGCCAAGCCUUCGGUCCGGCCCAAGCCAUUUCUGAACCGAGCAGAGUCCCAGAGUCAAGACAAGAUGGACAUCAGCACUUUACGGCGCCAGCUGAGACCCACGGGCCAGCUGCGGGGCGGGCUCAAGGGCUCCAAGAGCGAGGACUCCGAGUUGCCCCCCGAGACGGCCUCUGAGGGUCAAAGUGAAGGGUCCAGGAGGGGCUCCGCCGACCUCAUCGCCCUCCCAGCCGCCACACCCCCGUGUCCCACCCAGAAGGGCCGGGAAGGGCAGGCCACCACCUACCUGACGUGCAGCGCCUACCAGAAGGUCCAGGACUCGGAGAUCAGCUUCCCCGAGGGCGUGGAGGUGCAGGUGCUGGAGAAGCUGGAGAGCGGCUGGUGGUACGUGAGAUUCGGGGAACUGGAGGGCUGGGCCCCCUCCCACUACUUGGUGCUGGGUGAGAACGAGCAGCCUGACGCCUCUGGCAAAGAGGCGGUAACCGCCAAGAGCAAGCAAAACGAGGGCAAGUCUGACAGCCUGGAAAAGAUUGAGAAGCGGGUCCAAGCGCUCAACACCGUCAACCAGAGCAAGAGGGCGACGCCGCCCAUCCCCUCCAAGCCCCCCGGGGGCUUCGGCAAGACCUCGGGUGCUGGCGCAGUGAAGAUGAGGAAUGGCGUGCGCCAGGUGGCAGUGAGGCCCCAGUCCGUGUUCGUGUCCACGCCCCCCAAGGACAACAACCUGUCCUGCGCCCUGCGGAGGAACGAGUCUCUCACGGCCACAGACGGGCUCCGAGGCGUCCGCCGGAACUCCUCCUUCAGCACUGCGCGCUCCGCGGCCGCCGAGGCCAAGGGCCGCCUCCCCGAACGGGCCGCCAGUCAGGGCUCCGAAGCCCCCCGGCAGCCCACCCAGCGCAACGGCAUCCCCGUGUCCCCUGUGCGCCCCAAGCCCAUCGAGAAGUCCCAGUUCAUCCACAACAACCUCAAAGACGUGUAUGUCUCGAUCGCAGACUAUGAGGGAGAUGAGGAGACGGCGGGCUUCCAGGAGGGGGUGUCCAUGGAGGUCCUGGAGAAGAACCCCAACGGCUGGUGGUAUUGCCAGAUCCUCGAUGGGGUGAAGCCCUUUAAAGGUUGGGUACCCUCCAACUACCUUGAGAAAAAGAACUAGCAGAGGGCAUGGGUCCUUCUAGCCUCCAUGUGGAUGAGUAGUGAGCUGAAGACAAAAGGGAAAGGGGAGGGGGGAGGG